AAGGCAGCUGACAGUGCUGAUUUUUAUAAUAUUAUGACAGUGUCAAACAAGUUGGAACGAGUAAAUUACAAUAAAAUUGUCACUGAAAUAAUAAAUAUAAUUUAAAACUGUCUAUAAUACAGCAUUUGCUCAGUCCAUUCAAUAUACUAUUUAUACCUGAAAUUGUAUUACAUCAUCGGGUCGAUUAGUGCUACACAAGUAUUGUGAUCCAACUCGUUUUGAUUUGGCGCCCAAUUUUGAAGGACAUAAAUCAAUAAACAAUUGCAAUUUAAAUAAUUAUUUACAAAUAAAGUUUUAGUAUGUAAUCAUUUCUACAAUGUUGAACCACAUAACUACUUCAUUUUCUACGGUAAUCAACAAUAACGUAAAAGUGUUAGCCCUCGAAAAAACCUUAGAACAGAGCCUUCAAGAUUUUAAAGAAGUUUUGACAGACUUUGAGCAGCUGCAUAUCACAUCUAAUAAUUAUAAAACACAGUAUAUCAAACAGAAAGAGAAAUGUGAAAGCAAUUGCUGUACUAGUGCAGAAAUUUUGAAGAAGGUGAUAGAAUCUAAAGAGAACAUAAUUCAAUCAGUUGCAUCAACACUAACAAAAUUAGUUGAAACAAGGGACUUUCAAAUCAUAGCGAACUUAUUUAAAAUUUUAUUCGGAGAGGUCCCAGCACAUUUGAACCAAAGCAAUUUAAAAAAUGAAGAUACUAAAAAAGUUUCACCAAUAAAUAUUAAGAAAGAAGCAAAUUCUUCAAAUGAGGAUUUAUCGUUUAAUGAUGAUUCUGUAUCCGAGAUUGAAGGCACACCUACUGGGCGCACUAGCCCUAUAAUACAGACAAAAAAAAUGAAGACAACUUUGGUUAAUACAUCAGAUAUACGAGAUAAGAAAAAGUGUCCGGAAACCUGGCCUACACCAGAGAAGAAAACAUUAAAACUAACAUUCUCAACACCAGUAAGAGGUAGUAAGCAGACAGGUAAAAUGAGGCAAGCUCGAUUGAACAUCGUCAAAAUGAAGGAAAAGAAUGUCAUAGACAUCACUAGCUCACCAGAGUUUAGUGGCGGGUGUAGAAGUAAGAGCGGCGAUGGUAAUGUACAGCCUCUUAUCAAGAAAGAAUCUAUGGAAAACGAUGAUACAAUACAGCCCUCACCUACAAGUGGCCCUACAAGUUUCACACUUUUCAAGACAAGGGAAAGUCCAAUGAAAUUCAAGAAGCCACAACUUUCACUAAAGGUGAAAACUGAAAGCUCAAGUAAAACUCCAAAGAAACAAAAUCAAAACAUAAAUACAUUGACCAUCAAACAAGAACCUCAUUCAGAAAACAAAUUUGUUUGCAAUCUGAAGAUGAAUGACAGUGCUACCUAUACUCAAGAUGAUUCUAUUAACAUAUUGAACCCAAAAAGAUUACCAACUACCUUCGGUAACUGUUCGCCGGUAAAGUACGAGCGAUGUGACGACGAGACGUACUGUGAUACCCAGUCUAGUAUAUCGUUACUGAAUCAUGUGGAUGAGCUAGCGAAUAUACAUGGGGAUGUUCCGUGCAGUCCCAGUAAGCGACCUCUAGCGGAAAACAUAAACGUUACGAAUAUGGCCGACGAUGUCAUCCCAUCAAGCAUGUCGAUACUGCAACGUGAAGCUAAAACCAGCAAACUUGGUGAUGAAAAUGUUAGAAGGAAAAUACCUGAAUUUUUGGAUAACGAUGAUCCCGUCAGAAGAAAAGCGGACAAGCGUUUAUUGCCAGGAUGGAGCUGCGACAAAUGUAAAGAGUUCUUCGGCGAACUUUACAAAGAUGAUCCUGAGAUGAUGGCGAAGAAAAUAAACGAAUGUUCACAUCAUCGUGGUGUGAAUAAUCCCAAUGACCGGCCAAAGACUCCGCCAGGGUUUUGGAACCCACGCUGGAACGUUCCUGACAACACCGAGGAAUUCAACAAAAUGAACAACGUCACGUGAAUUUAAAAAAAAGUAUCAUUCUAAUCUGUUGUUAUUAAACAGAACGUAAAACUUAAAAAAUAAUUUCAAACAGCACUUUUGAUGUGAAAGCGUCAAGAGAUCUAAAAUUUUAAAUUUCGCGCCAUUUGUUUUGUUUAAUUGGUUUCUUUACUUUGUAUUCUAAAUUCAGAAUCAUUUUGCUGGAAUAUUCGCUGAAUAACAGCAAAAUCAGUGUUUUCGUAUUACGUUUAGCAUUAUCGCGAGUAACAGCCACGAACAAGAUAUCAUCGGCCCACCGCUUAUACUUGUGAUGACGUCAUGUAACGGUAUAUAUCAAAACACCUUUUUACUCUGCAGAUAAACAUAAAAGGCGUAUGCAAACGUGUUUAUCUGUUUUCGUUUAAUUCGUGAGAAUAGAAAUUAAUUAUACUUUUAUUUUGUAAGGGAUAAAACUGAAUCCAAAAACUGUAUACCUCAAUUGUUUUAGUCGAAACUUGUAUCGUAAUGUAAAUAAGGUCACUAGCAUAGUUUUGUAUAUAUUAUCCGGGUAAAAGACCGUUUAGUAUAAUAAGUACUUUUACAAACAUUAAUUUAGAAUUUAAACUCGGGUAUUCAGAUUAACGAUUAAAUGAAAUUUAAAAAACAAAA